CUAUUGUUCUUGUUUAAUAAAACGAAUUAUUAUUUUUUCUUAUCUUUUAUAUCCCCAAUUAUUUUUAUCGUUAAUUUAGAAUUAUUGCGUAACGUGUGCUUUUGUGUGAGAGAAUGAUUGGUAUCUGGCACAACCACGAGAACACAGUGGCGAUGAGCACAGGCGGCCGCCGCGGCCGAUAGUACAGCGCGCGCCCGCGCAGGCUCCCCUCCUGUCACCCGCGCCCGCACCUUACCCACGCGAUGGUGCGAGACAAGAAGUCGCCGCAUAAGACGGACUCGCAGAAAUCCUCCACUAACUUGGUCGGGAAGUUCACUCAAAGCGUUCGUCGCAUUGUACAAGAUGUUAAGGACGAGGGUGCCUCUAGCGGGCAGACGAAAGAAGAAGUAAUAGAAACAAACGAGCGUCUACGGGCAGUGCGCAUACGGCUCGAUGAAAAUUACGACACAGCCAAGAAAGCUCUCGUUACAUUGAUGGCCAGGUACAGUGAAUCCAAGGCACAGAGGAAUAUCUUCACGCGCUACACACUUCUCAAGGCUAUGAUUAAGGAUGUUAUACGCUUAGAGACGCAAUACUGGUCUCUAGUGGACAUUCCGAAGCAGGAAAAAGCUGAAACCGUACCAGCAUUUGUGCUGCGUGCGUGUGCCAUCAUGGAGAAAACUCAGAAGUCUGGUGAGGGGGUUAAAACUUCUGCCAAGCUCGCUGAGGAGGCUGCCGACAAACGGGAACGUCUGGAAAGACUUAGCGAUAUGACAACAUCUCAAAUAGAAGCCGAAAAUACCCAAAUGACGAAUGAUUUAUAUCGACUUCUGAAGAAAUAUACGGGCCUUAGGAAUUUGAUCAGAGAACUAAAGAAAGACUACGUAAGUUCCAAAGUAUAUCCAAUGUUUCCACGAUACACAAUGCUCAAGGACAUGAUAAAGGAUAUCAUGCACGAUCCCGACUACAUGGAGGUUUGCCACGAGGUGGACCCAUAGCGCGGGGUCCGCAAAUAAAUGAGGGUCUCUAUCACUGAUCGCUCGCGGUCGCGGUUCCGACACUAGGCAGAAAGGAUGGAAGAUGGUUUACCACUAUAGCAGAACCGAAAAUAAAGCUUACUUACUUACUAGAAUGACGCAGGGACCCAAAGUGAGUCUUGGCCUCGCACAAUAAGAGUCUCCAUUUGAAAAUACAGCUAUUGAUACAUAAUAAUUCCCAUCUCAAUCCUGCUUUACAAGUCAGAUUCACAAUGUACUUCAACAAAUCGUUAAUACCAUCGCAAAUAAAUUAUGCUGGGUUUGCAAAAAAACAUAUUUACAAGUUAAACAUAAUUCAAAGGUAAACCUUCUUGAUUCUGGGUAAGUUAAAGGUAGCGGAGUGUAGUGAGACGAGUACUCGUUUAUUUUGCGCUGAUUUCUUCAUUGGACUUUAUAAUUCAUAAGAUUGGUGUUUAGUGUAAGUACUCGUCCUUGAUCCCUUGCGUUGCUUUGACAUUUAUUCAUUCUGUAGGUCAGUGUCUAUCAAUGUCUAUCAUAAUAUCUUACAAUAGAUAUCAUUAUUAUGUAAAAACUCUAUAGGUGUGUUUACUGUUAAAUUACACAGUAUCGUGCAAUAGCAUUUAUUUGAAAUACAGUUCUAAAUACAGUCAUUUAUCUGGUAUGUAGAGUAAAUUAGCGUAAUAUUCAAAGUCUCUGUGUAGUUUUUUUUAGAUUCAAAUAGUGGUAGAACUUAUAUCAGAAUAUAGUAUUAAUACAGUACCUAUAUUUAUAUUGUGUAUUUAAUUAUUUUGUGUAUUAUUCUGUUACCUAUUGUGUUUUCAACUAUUUUAAUUAUAUA